CCGUUCAGGUGCAGUGGACCCCUCUCUGGCCUCUGACGUCACUUCCGCUCUGUGUGCUCGUCUGUGGCCGGGCACGGGAGGGCUUCCACGCGAAACGCAGCCGACUGAACGCGCUCAAAACCCCACGAAGAGGCGGGUUUACUCUCUAUUUACCAUUAAAUACACCACAGGGGGCUUUAUUUGUGUUGUUUAGAUACACAUAUACCCUCCCCCCCCUCCUCUCCUCCUCCUCUUCCUCCCCCAUCAUCAUCAUCAUCAUCAUCCCGGUGGACUUUAUUCCCACUCGCUCGCUCCCGCACGCUUCUGCAGCAACAGACCCGAGCGCGCCGCCGCUGUUGUUGUGUGUGUGUGUGUGUGUGUGUGUGUGUGUGUGUGUGUGUGGUCAUUGACAGGGGCUCUCAAUACACACGGGCGUCGCCGGGAGAACCGACCGACCCUUUAAGGUAUUGAUACAGUUUCUUUGUCGUCUGAGCCACUGUCAGGCACUUGACCAAUAGGAAGAGUUUGCACAAUUUUCACCAGCUUGUCUGCAGCCCCCUCCCGGCCCAGACAGUCUUCUGCACCAGCAUGAAUGAAGUCAGUGUUGUGAGAGAGGGAUGGCUCCACAAGAGAGGUGAAUACAUUAAAACAUGGCGUCCUCGCUACUUCAUCUUGAAGAGCGAUGGCUCCUUCAUCGGCUACAAAGAGAAGCCUGAGGUGUCCAGUGACCACAGCCUCCCACCACUCAACAACUUCUCUGUUGCAGAAUGCCAGCUCAUGAAGACGGAGCGCCCAAGGCCCAACACAUUUGUUAUUCGUUGCCUGCAGUGGACCUCUGUUAUUGAGCGCACCUUCCAUGUAGACAGCAACGAGGAGAGGGAGGAAUGGAUGCGAUCGAUCCAGGCAGUGGCGAACAGCCUGAAGAGUCAGCAUCAGGAUGAGGAGCCCAUGGAGAUUAAAUUUGGCUCACCGAGUGACAGCAGCGGCACAGAGGCGAUGGAGAUUGCUGUGUCCAAAUCCCACUCGAAAGUGACCAUGAGUGAUUUUGACUACCUGAAGCUGCUGGGAAAAGGGACAUUUGGUAAAGUGAUCCUGGUGAAGGAGAAGGCCACAGGGAUGUACUACGCCAUGAAAAUCCUCCGCAAAGAAGUCAUCAUUGCUAAAGAUGAAGUGGCACACACGGUUACAGAAAGCAGAGUUCUGCAAAAUACGCGACAUCCCUUUCUAACGACACUAAAAUAUGCAUUUCAAACGCAUGACCGGCUAUGCUUUGUGAUGGAGUAUGCAAAUGGAGGAGAACUCUUCUUUCACUUAUCGCGGGACCGAGUGUUCUCAGAAGACAGAGCAAGAUUCUAUGGUGCAGAAAUAGUGUCAGCACUGGAGUACCUGCACUCACGCAAUGUAGUUUACAGGGAUUUAAAGCUGGAGAACCUCAUGUUAGACAAGGACGGCCACAUAAAGAUAACAGACUUCGGGCUGUGUAAAGAGGGGAUCACAGACGGCGCCACCAUGAAAACCUUCUGUGGAACGCCGGAGUACCUGGCACCGGAGGUGCUAGAAGACAACGACUACGGACGAGCGGUGGACUGGUGGGGGUUGGGCGUGGUCAUGUACGAGAUGAUGUGCGGUCGGUUGCCCUUCUACAACCAGGACCACGAGCGUCUCUUUGAACUUAUUCUCAUGGAGGAGAUCCGCUUCCCCAAGAACCUGGCUCCGGAAGCCAAGGCCCUGCUGGCCGGCCUGCUCAAAAAGGAUCCCAAACAAAGGCUUGGAGGCGGACCGGACGAUGCCAAAGAAGUGAUGAGCCACAAGUUCUUCACCUCCAUCAACUGGCAGGAUGUUCUUGAAAGGAAGCUUAUUCCACCCUUCAAGCCCCAGGUAACAUCAGAGACGGACACGCGUUACUUCGAUGAUGAGUUCACAGCACAAACCAUAACAAUAACCCCCCCUGACAAGUAUGACAGUUUAGACGCCGAGGAUUCAGAUCAGCGCACACACUUCCCUCAGUUCUCGUACUCCGCCAGCAUACGGGAAUGAUCACUGAGACUCUUGAACACGCAGGCAGGCUAACACACGAUCACAAUCCCACAUACACACUUGCACUGCUGGGGAACGACACAAACAAAAAAAAACUGGCACAAGACACAUUUUCAUUCUGUCUUUAACGCACGUGCACACACGGACGCACGCACGCACACAUACACACACACACACACACAUAUCCUGGCUAUUCAGACAAGACGGGGAUCAUUGAGUAUGAGAUGAACACACGGGCCGUGAGUGACCGACCUCAGGAGGUUUGUGUGGAUUGUCCGGCAGCUUUUGUCUCUGUGCGUCCUCUCAGGGUUGGCUUCAGGCUUCCCUGCAGGACCUCUGCUGCACUACACUGGGGUACCACAUCAAAGCCUUGACCCUUUGAAAACCAGGUUAUGCCAGCAAGUACCACCUCUUUACCAGCUGUACCCAUGUUACACACACACACACACACACACACACACACACACACACACACACACACACACACACACACACACACACACACCAACCCAUGCAUAGACUGCAUAUAUAUAUACACACAAGCAAACGUACUUGAUAGAAUUUUAAAAAAGCAUAAUCAAAAUUAGGAAAAAUAGAAAAGAUUUGGGGAAAAAGACAAGAUUGUUACAUCGAUUGUUACGGUUUUAAAUGUAAAGCCAUAUUUCUGCAUUUUUUGUGAUUUGUUUUUUUUUUUCUUUUUCUUUUAACAAGUGCUCUUUCUGGAACUUGCUGUUACAAAUCAAAUGUGGGACUGCUCCUACAGUAGGAGCAAAUGGGGAGGCGGGGGGAGGGAUGCCAUUUCUGUGUUUGCACUGCACGUGUGUGUGUGUGUGUGUGUGUGUGUGUGUGUGUGUGUGUGUGUGUGUGUGUGUGUGUGUGUGUGUGUGUGUGUGUGUGUGUGUGUGUGUGUGUGUGUGUGUGUGUGUGUGUGUGUGUGUGUGUGUGUGUGUGUGUGUGUGUGUGUGUGUGUCAGAAUCGAAGAGUGGACGUGUGAAUGUGUGUGUGUGCGCGCAUAUGAGUGCAGGAGGAUGUAUGAACAACCGUUUUGAUUCUCAACCAUCCAUUUGUGUCUGUUUUCAUGCACGUUUUUAAACUCUGAACUAUUGCUGGAAUAUCGACUAGAGGGCACUACACAACAAACUCAAUGGCCUUUUUUUUUUUUUUUUUUU